GAGACUUGCCCUUGCGAAGAAAACAUCACAGUUCCAGCAAGCGUUCUCAGCACUCCAGAUCCCACAGCUAAUUCAAACGUGGUCGCAAAUGAGCUACAGAAAGUCAUCUCUGAUCUUGUCAUAGAGUCAUGCGGUUACUGCGAACAACACGGCAAAACAAAACUGGUCCACGAUAACGACAGUAACUCACAAGAGAUAAUAUUUCCAGUGACAAAGACUUCAUAUGGGCACAGUGCGUAUAGCAAAUUUAUACCUGUCGUACAAGUUCCAGGAGUUGUUGUAAUAACAAGGCAACAAGAACUGGGAAAGAUUCUGACCGAAGUGGCGAGUGGUUCAAUAUUGCAAGCCUGGCCUAUUAUUAUUAUUACGUUUACGAUGGCUGUUUUCGCGGGCAUUACAAUGUGGUUCCUUGUAAGUUAAUCUGUAUUUUGUGUAAAUAUCCCGGUGUUUGUAUCUACAUCCACUUUGUCGACUAUGAUCUUAUUUCCUUUGCAACAUACAAAAUGUAGAUAGUGCCUAUUCCGCAUAUCACAUGAUCGACUUCUCGUACAUUUAGGGUGUGGUACACUGCAGGACGGGGGGGGGAACAAUUUACAGAGCUUUAUACCCGGGGGAGGCCCCAUCCCCAGGUCCUACCCCUUGCCCUUUGGUGCACCCUUUGUAAUAUUACCUUCCAUUGAUUAUUGGUACCUGUCUCAGAGGCGUACAAAAGAAUACUGCACACUUUUAAGUGCUGCAACUGACUCGUCUAUUAGCUAUUAAACGUGUAAAAAUCGCUGCAACAGGAGGUUUUCUUGUAAUUUCCACCGGCAUAAGAUGGGUAUGUGAAGUUAUUUUAAUAUCCAGAAACAAAACCUAAUGACAGAUUUCCCUGCCAUUCCAUAUUUCACUAAGUUAUGCUAUAAGGCUACGCUUCAUCACACACACAAAAAAAGCUACUUAACGAUUAUUAAAAUUAAAUUUGCCACCGUAACUAAAAAAAUUCAAAAGCUGACGUUAUUUAGCCAGUCACGUACAAUAAGUAAUAACAACUCACCAUACAUCCCAGUUAGGUAAGAUUUAUCUACCUAAGGUCUUCUAAAGGAUUGCUCUCCCAAAACGUCUUUGCUGACUGUUACAUGCAGUAGUGAUUCUGAUUGUUCAUUGAUUGUUUUCAUAUUUGCUUCACCUACAGGAUUCGAAGGACAAUCCUGAAAACUUUCCGCACCAGUUCCUUAAAGGAGCUGGAGAGGGAUUCUGGUGGGCAUUCAUUUCCAUGACAACAGUCGGGUAA